AACGUUCACCUGUGAUGCAACGUAAUUAGGCUAUAGCAGAGAUGGAUAGGCUACUACAAUAACUAUCUUGCUCAUGACAAUGAAAAGCUAGGCUACAUUAUUAUAGAUGCUGACUGAAAAGUCACCAAGUCACAGAGGAAGGCGUGUCAUCCUCUUAUUGGAAACAAGUUCUCACAAUAAUGGGAGUGUCGACAUUUUUUCAACCCUAAGAGCUGUAUUUUAGCUUUCACCUGAGUUUAAGCUGAUUUCAUUGUUACUUUUUGUUACCUGUUUGUGACCACGUCGAUCAACAGCGGGAUUUACUUCACGCGGGUCGGUUUGGAUGAAGUUAAGAGCGGGAAAAGACUCGCGAGUUCAGGAUGUCUUCAGGCGCAGUACGCACGAAGUCAGCAGGAUGCUUUACAAGCAUAGCAAGCACCUGAGUGGACGAUACAAGAAGUCCAAACAUCACUUUGUUUGGCUCCUCUGUCUUUGGAUUCACCUUCUGCCUCAAGCUGAUGGCUUCUUUAUGUCUGAUGCUAAAGCUGUCCUGCAAGGAUGUGAUGACCACUGGACUUUCCAGGGACCGAGCCGUAUGCCUGUGCUCUUCCAAACAACAAUAUGUGUGAACGUAAGGGUCAUUUCCCCAGGAACAUGGACUGCAUUUAGCUAUGUCUCGACGCCGACGCGCCGAUAUGAACUGGCCCUGCAGGGGGACCAAAACAACCUGUAUGCCUGGCUGUUGGGUGUACGACACCAAUUCACUGUCCAGCUGACCGCUCAACGCUGGCAUCACAUAUGCCUACGAUGGGAUGCCUUUAGCAAGAGUUUCAGUCUGACAAUAGGUGGAAAUUCUGAAAUAUAUCAGCGUACUGCCAUUGCUCGAGCAAUCCCUCCUUCCGGUAGUCUUCUGCUGGGUUGCCAACCAAAUGAAGCCUUCCCUGGGGUAAAAAUGGCUACGACUGAGCUCUACCUGUUUCGCAUAUGGGACGAUGUAGGAGACCACAAGGCAUGUGAAGAUGGGACAGUGAUUGGCUGGGAUUCACAAAUUUGGGCUAUCACACGAACCCAGGCCAGAGUCCAAGAUUACACACUGCAGUGUGGCAUAAAGCAUCUGCGUAAGAAACGCAAUGCACAACCAUCUACGCCCUCAUCCACUGCAUCCCAGAAUACAGCUUCCAGCCGGGAUUUUACUCUAACAAUAAGUCCACUCUACUCACUUUUAAAUUCAGUAAUUACGAAUGUACAGGCCAACGCAAACCCAGGACUGAACCAAAUUUUGAAUCAGAACAGCAAUACCUCUCCUGGUUCAACAUCACAACCUAUAACCAUAACAAGUCCUCCAGGACUCACAUCAACAUCUUCUUCAAUGAAUCCCAACACAUCACCUACAACUUCUUCAGUGUAUCCAAGUACAACAACACAACUCCCACCAUCAGCUACUUCAAUGAAUCCAGAUGCAGCACAACUCACAUCAACAACUUCUUCAAUGACUCCCAGUAUGACAACACAACUCGUACAAACAGCUACUUCAACGACUCCCAAUACAACAACACAACUCACAUCAGAAACUUCUUCAAUGACUCUUAAUACAACAACACAAUUCACAUCAACAACUUCUUCAAUGACUCCUAAUACAACAACACAACUGACAUCAGAAACUUCUUCAAUGACUCCUAAUACAACAACACAACUGACAUCAGAAACUUCUUCAAUGACUCCUAAUACAACAACACAACUGACAUCAGAAACUUCUUCAAUGACUCCCAAUACAACAACACAACUGACAUCAGAAACUUCUUCAAUGACUCUUAAUACAACAACACAAUUCACAUCAACUACAACUUCUUCAAUGACUCCUAAUACAACAUCACAACUGACAUCAGAAACUUCUUCAAUGACUCAUAAUACAACAACACAACUGACAUCAGAAACUUCUUCAAUGACUCCUAAUACAACAACACAACUGACAUCAGAAACUUCUUCAAUGACUCCCAAUACAACAACACAACUGACAUCAGAAACUUCUUCAAUGACUCUUAAUACAACAACACAAUUCACAUCAACUACAACUUCUUCAGUGUAUCCAAGUACAACAACACAACUCACACCAACAGCUACUUCAAUGAAUCCAGGCACAACAACACAACUCACAUCAGAAACUCCUUCAAUGACUCCCAUUAUGACAACACAAUUCGCACCAACAGCUACUUCAAUGACUCCCAAUACAACAACACAACUAACAUCAGAAACUUCUUCAAUGACUCCUAAUACAACAACACAACUGACAUCAGAAACUUCUUCAAUGACUCCCAAUACAACAACACAACUCACUUCAGAAACUUCUUCAAUGACUUCUGAUAUAACAACACAACUCACAUCAACAACUUCUUCAGUGACUCCUGAUACAAUAGAAUCUAUGUCAACAACUUCAAUGAAUCCCAAUACAACAACACAACCCACAUCAACAACUUCUUCAUUGACUCCUGAUGCAACAACAGAAUCCACAUCAACAACUUCACUGACUCCCAAUACAGUAACACAACUCACAUCAGAAACAUCUUCAAUUACGAAUGUACAGGCUAACACAAACCAAGGACAAAACCAGGAUUUAAGCCAGAACAGCAGUACCUCUCCUGAUUCAACGUCACAACCUACAACCACAACAAGUCCUCGAGAUCUCACAUCAACAUCUUCUUCAAUAAAUCCCAACUCAUCAACUACAACUUCUUCAGUGUAUACAAGUACAACAACACAACUCACAUCAACAACUUCUUCAAUGACUCCAGAUACAACACAACUCACAACAACUUCUUCAAUGACUCCCAAUACAACAACACAACUGACAUCAGAAACUUCUUCAAUGACUCCUAAUACAACAACACAACUCACAUCAACAAACUUCUUCAAUGACUCCUAAUACAACAACACAACUCACAUCAGAAACUU